AUGUACAACUAUCAAGGUGCUCCUGGCUAUGGCCGUUCCCCAGCCUUUGGGGGCUUCCCCGGGGGCAGCGCUCCGCCCGGGAUGGGAGCUCCACCCGGAACAGCUGCACCAGGUACAGCUCCUCCUCCAGGCAUGCAGGCAAAUAAUCAGCAACCAGGCCGACCCGGUGGCUUCCCUUCGAGCUUCCAACCACCGGCCAAUAUGCCCAACAUCAACUUCAACGCACCUGUCAUACGCCUCGGCACUACUGGCCCAUCGAAGCCAGCCAUGUCGUUAGGGAACGAACCGCGGCGUGAGUCAGAGGCCAGAUCAGCUCGCCCAGGUUUAGGGGCUGGCCAGGGCAUGGACGCACAACGACAAGCUGUUCGCGAGAGCAUGAUGCAGCUGGUGCCACCUACGAAAGAAGAAAUUGUAAGGACAAUUUUCGUCGGAGGUAUAACAGAAGGUGUGGGUGGAGAUGAAGGGAUAGAACGUAUCUUACGGUGUACCGGAAAUCUGAGGCGCUGGAUCAGGGCAACGGAUGCAGACAAUAAAGCAUGCAGAUUUGGCUUUGCAGAGUACGAAGAUCCCGAAAGUCUUGCUACGGCCGUAGAGGUGCUGAAAGAAGUCGAAGUACCCGUCAAGCCACAAGCUGUCAAUGGUACCAAGAAGGAAAGAGACAGCGAUGAUGUAAAGGUCGAGAAGAGCAAAAUAUUGGUCAACAUUGACGACGCUUCAUACAAUUAUCUUGAGCAAUGGGAGGCAUCACGAGGUGACCAAGACCCAAUCCAAGCUCAAUUACGUCUAGAUGCGGCCAAAAGCGCUCUUGCAGGAGUUCUUGCAGAUCUCGCCCAUCCUUCAGCACCUAUACAAACGAACGACAUGUCGAAUGUGGAUCGCGACGGUGACUACUCGAUGCAGAAUGAUGACGAAAAGCCAGAUGCCGAAGUUGUGACCAUACCCCUCUCAGCUGAUGAUGAACUAUCUGAUAUCCCAGCCGAGAUGCGGGAAACCGUCGCCAAGGAGAUCCAAGCCUUCCGCGAUCGCAGCACGCGUCGAGACAUGGAGCGUCUGAGACGAGAGGAAGAGCUAGAGGCAAUGGAGAGGCGCAGAAACAUGAAUCAGUCCAGACCUAGUCGUCUUGCGUCUCCCCCUCUGUCAGCACCAAGCGGCCCUGCUGGUGGCGCCAAUGGUAUUCCAGUCGGCCCCAGAGAUAGAGGUGUACCUAAUGCUCCUGCUGGGCCAAAAGGCUACACAGAAUCGCAGAUGCCGCGGGAUUACCAAAAAGGAGUUACGUUUGUGAAUGGAAGUGGUAUCAAUGGCGCAGGCGCCGCCGGCCUGAUCGAUCGAGAGGACGCGGAUAGUGAUGCUAGCGAUGAAGAGAUCGAAAGACGGAAACAGGAGAAGAAGGAAGCGGAGCUAGAAAAGAUGUAUCAAGAUCAGCGGCGAAGAUGGUUGAACCGCGAGCGAAGUCGGACGGCCGCCGUGGAAAGAGAGAAGGCCAGAGACAAGGAAGAGCAAGCGCAAAAAGAAGCUGAGAAGGAGGCUGUGGCCAAGCGCUUGAGAGAAUGGAACGAUGAUGCUGAAGCGAGUCGCAAGGUCGAGGAAUAUUACGUGGAUCGGAGCAUGUGGAUUCGAAAUCGCGCUACGUUCAGGAAUAGAGAGUCAAACAUUGAUGAUGUGGAUCGAAACGCAGAGGAGAAGGAGAAUGCUAGAGAUGCCCAGCAGAGAGAACAAGCGAGAGGCAUGGCUGAUGAUUUCCUAAACCGACAAGCGAUGGAGCUGGAUAUCAAGGCACCUCGUGAACCACAGCGCUUCAAGCUUUCAUUGGGUGCAGCAGCUCAAAAGGCUCAAGCAGCUGCUACAGGCCGACGAACGGUUGCUGAAGUUGAAGGCUUACUUGAAGACGAAGAGGAGGCAGACAGCUCUGCGAAGAGGAUACUUAUUCCCAUCAAAUUCGAUAACGCAGCUGAUGCUAUGGGUCUGACCGAAGAAGAGAGAGCACAAGCUGCACGACAACUGGCCGCAGAUAUACCUUCAGAUAAGGAUGGAUUAUGGAAGUGGCCGGUCAAAUGGGAAUUUGUUGACGAGACUGUUCUUGGCGAACAACUCAAACCUUUUGUGGAGAAGAAGAUCGUCGAAUAUCUUGGGGUGCAGGAGCAGAUGCUGGUUGAGGUUGUUGAGGAUCAUAUUCGAAAAAGAGGUGAACCUCAAGCUCUUGUGGGAGAAUUGGAAGGGGCUUUGGAUGAAGAAGCGGAAGUACUCGUGAAGAAGCUCUGGCGAAUGAUCAUAUUCUUCAGCGAGUCCGAAAAACGAGGCUUGUCAGCAUAG